UCUCUCUCUCUCUGGUAGUCUCCGUCUCACUAACCCAGUUCCCCUCUCUUGCUCUCUCCUAUAUUAAUCCAGCUGCUGGUAUUGUUGCUUCCACUACUAGCUUAGAUUGCUUGAGUGAUGCCCCACACCGACCUAAGAACAAAAGUUGCCCUUUUGUCUCCAAAUCAAGACUAGUUAAGCACCAGCAGCACGUCGACCAACAACAACAAUCUCAUCGAGAGCUAGAAGGACACCAAGAAGGAGCACAAUAAUGGCGAGUGAUGCCAUGGCCAGCCCUUUCGCUCCUCUCACCAACCAGCCGCAGCAGCAGCAGCCGUCCCAUGAACACCCUGCCGCUCCUCCCCCGAAGAAGAAGCGCAAUCUCCCCGGUACACCAGACCCUGACGCGGAGGUGAUCGCGCUGUCGCCACGGACGCUGAUGGCGACGAACCGGUUCGUGUGCGAGAUCUGCGGCAAGGGAUUCCAGCGCGACCAGAACCUGCAGCUGCACCGGCGUGGCCACAACCUCCCCUGGAAGCUGCGGCAGCGGAGCGGCAAGGAGCCGAGGAAGCGCGUCUACGUCUGCCCCGAGAAGAGCUGCGUCCACCACAACCCGUCCCGCGCGCUGGGCGACCUUACCGGGAUCAAGAAGCACUUCUGCCGCAAGCACGGCGAGAAGAAGUGGAAGUGCGACAAGUGCGCCAAGCGCUACGCCGUGCAGUCCGACUGGAAGGCCCACUCCAAGACCUGCGGCACGCGCGAGUACCGCUGCGACUGCGGCACCCUCUUCUCCAGGCGGGACAGCUUCAUCACGCACCGCGCCUUCUGCGACGCGCUCGCCGAGGAGACCGCCAGGCUCACGGCCGCCACUUCGGGCGCCGCGGCGGCGUCCGCGCCUUCCAUGUGCGGCGGCGGGCAGGGAUACCUCUUCGCCAGGCCGAACAGCAUGAUGCUCCAGCCGCCGCUCGCCGCGCACCUAAAGCCUGCUGCGGGAGGGCAGAUGCUCGGCCACGCGGCGGGUGCAGUCGGGGACCCGCUCUGCGACGGCGCCGCUGCGAGGCACGGCGGGCUCUCGCUGUGGGGCAGCGACAACACGCUGCCGUCCUCCAUGGGCCACCACAUUGGCGGUCUCCUGUCGUCCGGUGGUGGUGGUACUGGCCCGCCAAUGCCAAUGCAGAUGUACGCGGAUCUCUUCGCGCCGAGCUCCGGUGCGCCGCCUCAGUUCGACAUGGCGCAGCUGAGCUGGCUGUACGGGAACAACGGCGGCAACGGGAAGCUCUCGUCAUCUAACGCCAGUGAGCUGACGACUAACUCCUCCAGAGAGGCGGACAGUGUGCCGUCCGUGUUCAGCGGCCAGCAGCACGCAAAGCCGGCCGCAGCUCCCACCGACAUGUCGGCGACGGCGCUGCUGCAGAGAGCCGCGCAGAUCGGUUCCGUCAGGUCCUCCAACACCUCGAUGCCGCUCGCGGGGGCCUUCGAGCAGGCGCCCAACUCCGCCGGGCGGAUCGACGAGCGCAGCAAGUUCGACGACAGAGCUCUUUUCUGCGCGAGCCAGCACCAGCACAAUGCUAACGUCCCCAGUGCAAUGAGCGAGCUCACGACGGCCACAGGGAACGUGCCGUACGACGUGUUCUCGGCCGCGCACCACGCCGGCCUCAAGGACGCCGUCGGGAGGGAGGAGACCAGGGACUUCUUGGGCGUCGGCAUGCAAGCACUCUGCUCAUCAUCGAUACAUGGGUGGAUUUAGUUUAAGCGUGCAUGUUAAUCAUGUAACCGUGGAGAUACGAGGAGUAGUGUUUCAUGAGCCAUCCGCGGCCAUGUAGGCAUGAACCAUACAUGCAUGCAUGCUCGUAUGCAACUUCACAAAAUACCACAAGGCAUUCCGUUUCAAUUGGUUUACUCAGCUCA